ACAAGCUCCAAGUGAAAGAUGGCGAGAGAUGGAUUCUCCACAAGAAAUCGCUCUUCGCAUCAGAAAUCGUAGCUCUCACUCCAAAGACGCAAGCAGGGGACCUCUAAAGGCUACACAUCCUCUGCCUUCCAACCAGAGGCGUUUCAGUGAAGUUGUGCCAAGAGAGAAAAAUCAAUCUCAAAGUGGCCGUAGAUCGUCCUCUGGAACUCCAGUUACUGGUACUGUUUCUCCACCAAGUAAUUCAACAUGCAAUGAUGUUCAAGCAAUGAAACCGAUAUCUUUUUCAAGGUCACUGAACAAUGAAGGACGUAGUCUUUCAGCACGUAGAGCUGUUAUGCUACAAAGGCAAAAUGCAACAACGGUAGAUCCAGAUACUGAUACAGAACAUGUAAGAAUUGAUAAAAAUUUUCUUCAUUCUCCACCAAGACCUCCCUCCCAACCAAGACCAAAGUCGGUAAAAGGAAGACCCAGAUCAGGUUCCCGUCCUCUAUCUGGGGGGCAACCAGUUGAUGUCACACCCCCUUCACAUUCUCCUGUCUCUUUUUCCAAGUACAAACCCCUACCUUGCAUUGGAUCAAAGCCAUCUUCUGGGUCAAGUUUGAGUGACCAUAGUUAUAAGGCAGUUACACAACAUGACAAUCAAACAUUUGAAAAGCCAUCCAACAAAGGAAAUGAGUUGUCAAUUUUACCAAAUGAACCAUCAGAAAAAGAACCAAACACAGUCCACUUGGCUAUCAAAGUUCUUGAUGGAACAAGACAUGAACGUUGGUUCAGAAUGUCUGAUCCUGUUGCAGAUAUUUUUGCUUUUGCAGAGUCAGUCAUGGGAGAAAAACUCCCUGAAAACUGUCAAAUAUGUACUAAUGAUUUGCCAAGAAGAACUUUUAGAGAUCAAUCACAAACAUUAGAAGACAUUGGCGUACAGUCCAGAACAGUGCUCUAUAUCCAGCAACUAUAAAAGCAUUUGAUAAAUCAUAUUAACUAAUUUCAAUAAAGUUAGUCACCAAAACCCUACAAGGGUAUCUUAUAUAUAUGCAUGCAAUUGAGAUGCUCACAGGACAUGAACUUUGACUGCAUAGUAAAAGAUGUUAAGUCUAUCAUAUAUAGCAAUCAAGUGGUUGAAACCUGUAAAAUGUAUAAUAUAUCCCGGCUUGUACAAAUGUUCGAUCCUAUAUGAAUCUUUAAAUUAAAGCACAUAUUUGGUAUGGUA